AUGGGAAUAUUAUUUAGUAAAUUUAAUCCAUCAACUGGUUAUUUAGAGAAAAUGAAUAAGUUAUCUGCAACCAAUCAAGAUGAAUCACGUGUAGGUGAUGUCUAUUUAGUAACCUAUGAAUUCCAACCAGAUUCAUAUUCCACUCCAUAUUCUCCCCACUACACCAUCGUAGUUGAUUUAUGUGGAGAGUCUACCGAGAAAUUACCCAAGGGAAUGGAAAUACACAUUAACCCUCUAAAAGACUUUUCUCUCCAACUCUGUAUCGAGAGACUAGAUAGACUGCCAAAAUCAAAAGACCUAUCAUUUCAAAAACUCGGUAGAAUCGAAAACCAAUACCAUCCUGGAAACCCUCGUGAAUGGUGUGUUGCAUUGGGUUCAGUUGUUGAGAAUUCUUGGUUCCCAGAGUUUACAACAUUAAAAGGAAAAUUUUGGAAUCGUACUUGUCACAGUGAUCAAUUCGCCAAGUUUUGA